CAGUCUCGAGUGCGAUAUUGGCGAGUGUGAACGUGUUUACUUGGGCUUCGAUUGCAGGUGAACAAAGCCGACUUUACGAUGCCAAUUACGCGGCGGCUUUCCUGGCCGAAGCUGCUGUUUUUGUUUGUCUGGCUGUGCCUGGCAUUGGAUCGCAGUUAUGCGGCUCGAGUGUCCAGCGAUCUGUUUGUGUUUCCCUCCAAGCCCAAUGAGUCCAAGCCCAAUGACACCACCAUCCAAACGCGGUCCAGACUCGAAGAAAUCGCUCGGAUAAUGGCGCUGAUUAACACACCGAGUGAUGGCGUCUUGAUGCCCAAGGAAAUCAAGAAGGGCACGCCCAGAACCACGGAUAGCGAAAACGAGUCAGAGAAACCAGGAAAUACUCCUGUCGAAACCAGAAAUGUGACCGAACCCAACAGUAGUUCCUCAAAGCAGGAGAUCAACGUGAAAGAUACUCCAACCACUCCAAUGAAUGGAACCCAUCAAUCCAGCGAAUCAAAGAUGAUAACAUUCGGCAAAGAGUCGGAAGAGGAGAAGCCUGCUCCGUGGCACCAAACUGAAGCCACCAUUGCAUCCAAGCCAGGAAGUGUGGUGAUCGGACCCAGAAUUACCCUGGAAACCCUUCGCAUUUGUCCCGAAGGAACCACAUUGAGUAAUGACCACUGCCGCAAGAUUGCCUAGCAGCGUGUGGAAAUAUCAAUAAAGAUCUUAUGGCACUUAUAAGCCCACAUAAUUAAUUGAUUUUCUCAAAAGUCAAUGUAAAUUGUCAAAUAAACCUGUCGAUUGUUCCUUCAUGGAAUUUAUAUAAAAAUA